AUGAAAUUUGAAUCGAAACUCAAGUGUCCAAUGCUUUUGUGGGUACUGGAUAUCCUUGUGUGUUCGUACUUGACUAAUGCACGCAAUUUAUUUCAUGUCCCUUGGAUGAAGCCAUCUAUAACAAUACUUGGAUUUGAAAAACUUGCACGCACACCUGAAUUGGUUCGUACUGCUGCAUCUUCACAAAGAAAUGUGCCAUUUAAUGUUGUGUCAAACAUGGAUACAUCUUCACCAGUCUCGAUAGGCACAGGUGCAAUGGCCCAAACGCUUAUUGGCAUUGUGCAGAUUGGAACUCCAUCACAGAGCUUUUUAUUUCAAUUUCUCAGUGAUACAGGAAGUUCUUUAUUUUGGGUUCGAAGCUCAGAAUGCACUAAUGCAAUAACAUGUUCUGGAUUACCACAGUUCAACUCAUCAGCCAGUUCAUCAGGUAGUCAGACUCAACAAAUCGAAUAUGGUGAUGGAUCAAAAGUCAGUUGUCAAAUGUAUAGCGAUACGGUGAUUCUUGCUGGUAUACAGAUAUCCAAUCAGAAAUUUUGUGCGGCAACAUCCAUCUAUUUACCUGGCAAUUUGCCUACAAUAGAUGGGAUCGUUGGAAUGGCUCCGGCAUCCUUCAACGAGCCUUCAAAUAUCUUUCAACAUCUUCAAGCGCAACUUCCCAACUCACAAGUCGGAUUCUGGUUCAAUCGAAGCGUAACAACACUGGCUGCUGGAAGUGCAGUGUCUCGAGGUGCAGGUAUCAUCACGUUUGGUGGUCUGAAUUCCGACUUGUAUUCUGGUAGUAUUGCAUGGAUACCAACUAUACCAGAUUUGACGCGGUGGAUAGUUCCAUUCAAGGGAAUCUUUAUUGGAGACAAUAUGCGAAUCAUGGAUAGUUUUCUGAAAGUCCAAAACUUGUCUGCCAUUUUCGAUACAGGAACAACUUUUGUCAUUCUUCCUCAAGUCAUCUUUGACCCUUUAAACUCUAUUAUGGGUGGUAUAGAUCAAAACAAUACAGGAACCUACAUACUUGAUUGUAGAAGCGUAUCCAAUCUCCCGACACUAACGAUUAGUUUUAUCGAGGGAGUAACGCAUACACUCACAUGGGAUAAGCAAAUUCUUAUUGUACAAAACCAGUGCAUAUCUAUAUUCACUCGGAAUAAUAAUGGCGCGGUGGAUACAGGCGAAUUGAAUAGAACAGUCACAGUUCCACCAGCAAUCAUUGGUGCUAGUUUUUUACGACAUUUCUAUACUUGUUUUGACUAUAAUGCAAAGAGAAUUGGACUGGCUACACCUGUAGGAAAUAACCCAAUCCCAAAAAUCCGAAUUGAACAUACAGGUUCAGGUAUGACAGCCAAGCAAUCAAAAUCGGGUAGUGCAUCUACACGACAGUAUUGGACUGGGCUAUUGAUGAUGAUUACAUGGACUCGGUUUAUACUGUCAUGGAUUUGA